AUGGCUUUUUACGGGAAGAAGAUUGACCAAAUCACCUUCAGCACUUGUGAAUACGCGUCAAAUGGUGUCCCAAAAAUGGAGUCAAAUUCUUCAAAUAUUAACAAGUUUGUUCGUCGGGAUCUUCUUGGGGAAAGCAAAGCAAAGCAAUCAGCAAACCAAAGUCAGACCCAUUCAUUAGCAGAUAACAAUCAUCUUGUGGUGGGUCGCGGUGUUCCUAAAAGAACAAGAAAAUGGCAGCAACGGCGGCGGAAGCGGGGGGGGGCCCCCCCGGUUUUUCGCCUCUCCGGCCAACCGCCCUCUCGCUGCUCCGCCUUGCCUCCUCUCCCGCCUCGCCUUUCCUCUUCCGCUCUUCGUCUUAAGCCAGUUUCAGAGUCCCGAAGGCCAAUGCAGUUUCAAAUUAGAGCUUCGUCCGAUGAGACAUCGAGUGUUGAUGCUGGUGAGCUCUUCACAGACUUGAAGGAGAAGUGGGAUGCCGUUGAAAACAAGUCCACGGUACUUGUGUACGGAGGUGGGGCAAUAGUUGCUGUCUGGUUAUCUGCAAUCAUCGUUGGUGCCAUCAACUCAGUGCCUUUGCUUCCCAAGAUCCUGGAGUUGGUAGGGCUAGGAUACACAGGAUGGUUUGUCUACCGUUACCUUCUCUUCAAGUCAAGCAGAAAAGAACUAGCUACAGAUAUUGAAGCCUUGAAGAAGAAGAUUGCUGGAACUGAGUAGAUGCAUUUGUGUGCUGUCAAAGAUUCAAAGCAUAUCAAUAUCGCAAUCCUUUUAUUUUGGACGUGUAUUUCCGCAUAAGAGGCAUUUGUAUUCUGUGAUGUAGACUAGUUUUUGUAUCCCCUUUGUAUUCCUCCUUUCAAUAAGAUUCGACAAUUUUUAAGUUGA